AUGAAGCCCUUUGCCCUCGUCAGCCCAUCCUCACGAGGCAUCGGAUUUGAGCUUGUGCGGAGAUUGCUGCAGACGACACCACACGAUGUUCCCAUCAUCGCCACCGCGCGAAAGGACAUUGACGAAACGAAAGAGAAGGUGUUGUCGGGGUUGAAAGACGUGCAAGAAGACCGAUUACACGUGCUGAAAUUGGAUGUUCUUGAUGAAAACAUCGUCGCACAAGCCGCCAAACAACUCUCCCAAAUCCUCCCUCCCAGCGAAAACUACCUCCACCUCUCCCUCGCCAUCCCAGGAAUCCUCUUUCCCGAGAAAUCCCCUUCGCAAAUCAACCACGACGAUGCGCUUCUGACGUUUCGUACCAACACCCUCGGACCGAUGCUCCUUCUCAAACACUUUUCCCCAUUCCUGCCGAAAAAAUCCACAAAGCUCUCGAGCGUCGCCGGCUUACCCCCGCACGCGGCCGUCUGGGCCAACAUGUCUGCGCGAGUCGGGUCGAUUACGGAUAACAAGUUGGGUGGAUGGUAUAGUUAUCGGGCGUCCAAAGCAGCAGUGAAUCAGGUGACCAAGUCGUUUGACAAUUAUUUACGACCCAGUGCGGGCGAGAAUGCGAUGAGUAUCAGUUUACAUCCGGGAACGGUCAAGACGGGAUUGAGUCGAGAGUUUUGGGAGACGGUCAAGGAGGAGAAGUUAUUCAGUCCCGAGUUUGCGGCGGAGAAGUUACUCGAGGUGAUUAACAGUCGGAAGGUGGAGGAUCGAGGGAAAUGUUGGGAUUGGGCAGGCAAGGAGAUUCCUCCGUGA